AUGGCUGGAUUCAACACAACACAACCCACCAAAGCUCAAGCCACGUCAAAGCCAGCACCGGCGCGGAGAUUCGUGGGCGUGAGGCAGCGGCCGUCCGGGAGAUGGGUGGCCGAGAUCAAGGACUCGUCCCAACGCGUCCGCCUCUGGCUCGGCACCUACGACACCCCCGAGGAGGCCGCACGCGCCUACGACGAGGCCGCACGCGCCCUCCGCGGGGAGAAUGCCCGCACCAACUUCGCCCCAACGGGCCCCACGCCCAUCUCAUCAGAUCAAUCCAACGGCCUCAGCUUCUCCUCAUUAAAGGCGAAGCUGAGCAAGAAUCUCCAAAACAUCAUGGCCCGAAACACAGACAACAAAUCCUCCUCAUCAUCAAAGAGCAGAGUGAGCGACCACUUCACCUUCGCCAGCAUCUUCCACCACCACCACCAAUACAGCCACGUCGACAUCAAGAAGAUCGAGAAGGCCGUGCAGCCGAGCGUCAUCGUGCCAAGUGCCCAGCUCGACUCGGAUGGAUUUGGCUCCGAAAUCAUGAGUGGCGCCGGAGAAGGUUCUAGAAGCAAAAGAUUCAAGGUUUCGUCCUCUGUUUUAGUGCCGUCGACGUUUACGGAAUCUCCGGCAACCAAUGAAUGGUGGUGA